UUUCUUCCACAUGAGGAGCGAGUUUUCCAACUCAGCUUAUUCCAGACCUGAAACCAUCUCCAAAGCGCACAGAGCAACCCACGCAGCGUGACAAGAGCCACGCGUUGAGGGUCGUUUUUAGUUUAUUCAGAAAGUUUUAUUUUCCUUGGAUUUAGGAUGAGAGGCUGAGGAAGAAAACUAUUCAGUCAAUUUUCUUCUCUUGUUUUGGGAUCUUAACCUCAGGAUGGAUGAGCAAGAGGAAGCAUUAGACUUCCAGGCGCUGAGAGCCAAGUUCCAGGACAAGGAGUUCCUUCUGGGGCCACCAAAGACCAAACCUAGUGUCCCAGAGAAACCAAAGGUCAUCCCUCCUCCCACGAGUCCCACUCACCAUCUUCCAUCAGGAGCACGCCCCUCCCUGCUCUCCUCCAUCAACCAUGCCUUGGAAUCAAAGACGCUGAACGCCCCCAGAGUGGUCUUUAAGGAUGAGAAGAAGGAUAACAAAAAGAUUCUUAUCCAUAAUAACUCAAAAGCCAAAGAAAAGUCUGACAUAAAGCCUAAGGAGACGAAGGAUAAGACUAAAGAAAGUAAGGAGAAGCUGAAUGAAAACUCUGUGGAUCACAAGGAGAAGAACGGUAAGAAGCUUCCAUUCGUCGGGAUACAGAAAGAGAGCACAGCUGAGCUGGUACCAGUCUCUCCUCCUCCAAAAGCCAAAACACAGAGGAAGAAGAACAUUCUUGGUUUCAUGAAGUCUACCAAGAAAGAUCCAGCAGAAUCAAUCUUAGACUCUCCUUCUGGUGACGCAGCAGGACCAGCACUGCUGCUCCCAGUGGUUUCCCAUGCCGACUGCACGCCAGAGGAGUCGAUAUACUCGGUACCAAAACCCAUUCUCCCAAAGAUUACCGUCCCUGAACCCAGGGCUGCAGUGGACCUGGCAGCUCUCUCCCCUAUCCCUGACCCCCCCGACUUCUCCCCUCCUCCAGCCUUCAUCCCAGACACCUCAGAAGUCAGAGCUCCUGCCCUGCAGAGUGAAACCCCCCCACAGAUUGAAAGUCCUGCUCUGCCAGUUUCUGACCUGCGUGUCCAAAAUGAAACCGUUUCCAUUCCUCCCAUCAUUGCUCCCGCCCCUCCAGUCGUUGCUGCCCCCUCUCCUCCAAGCACCGUGGCUUCUACCCCUCCACCAAUAGUGGCUCCCUCCCCUCCACCCACCGCUCCCCCCUCCCCUCCGCCCAGGAAAUCCCCUCCAUCCAGAGCUAUCCCCUCUCCUCCACCGAGUUUUGCCAACUCGGAUCCUCCUGAGGCCUCUGCUCCCUCCCCAUCGCCUCCUGAGCUUCGGGUCGUAGCCCCUUCUGACGUGGAGGCAGAGCAUCCGGGUUCAGAGGACACGACAGACUCUCUUUCCAAACUAGAGCGUCCCAUCUCUGCCCUGUCCGCCCUGGAGAGGGCAGAGGACAUGAGCACAGGGAAAAGAACCCCUCCCAGUGACCAGAGGAUCUUAAGCGCUCUUGAAAAGGCGCGAAAAAAGGCCACAAGCCCCCUGUCUAGUCCUAUUCCCCCACUUGAGGACUUUUCUUCUCAACUGAACCCCGCCUUAUCUGAUGGAGAGUUCCCACCCAUCGAUCACAAGGGAAAGAAACCCCCCCAACAUGAGCCACUAGUCAAUAGCACGGACCACAGGACGGCUUCUCCUGUGUUGCAUAACCUCACUGAGAUUGGAUCUAACACGCCCAUAGAGCUGCUCGUGGUUCCGCCUCCACCACCCAGACGGGUCCUACCAGACCCUGAGACUCUGGGUCCUGCUCCACAGAAACCUGACAGACCUCCUUCUGUCAACUUGAGUGAAUUCACUCCCCCUUCCCCACUUAUUGCUGAAGAGAUUCCUGUCCCGCCUGAGUUUUCAGAGCCUGACGCUACAGACGCCGUCGAGUACGAUGAUCUGGCGGAUGGUUUCUCGCAGGAGCUGCCGGUUUCUGAGUCUGGGAACGAGGAAUUUACUGGCGCCGACGUUCCAGAUGAACCACGGCAGCCAGAGUUUUAUAGCAAUGGGAUCAGUGAGCCAGAAACUGAGGUCCGCACCGAGACGCCGCAUGAGGAUGACUACCGAUGUAAUCCUCCGCAGGAUCAACCCCUGCAAGCUGCUCCAAAUCACUUGCCCCCACAAGACGACCCUCACACAAUAUACCGCAGCAGUUUGAACGAAAGCAACGAAAGCAAUGAAAACUUGUACGAGGCGGUGAGGGCGUCUCCUGGGAAAAAGAAGGGGAAGAACGGUGGCAAGAAACAAAAAGGGACCCUUAAAAACCCAUAUGUUGAGAGUACACAAGAAACGGUAGGAAUUAUUCCAGCUGAACUCCUUCAGCUUUUUUUUUUCAUAUUUUGUCACGUUGCAGCUGUAGUUCUGUUUUGGAGGGCAGACCUGUGUCACCUAGAUUUGCAUAUUCAGAAACUUCUUUUUCAUCUUUUACAUGGGAGUGAAAUUUUUUCUCUCUUUGGUGUCGUUUUCACUGUAGCUGUCUGCUUAGAAGUUUGGUUUUCUGCUGGAAGGUGAAUCUUUAUCCCCGUCUCUAAUGUUUUGUAGCGUCUAGACAUUUUUUUCUAACCUCUAUUUGACUCCAUCAAUUAACAUAAACUCUGAGCAGCAUCCCAUUUCCUGCUGAAUAGAAUCAUCCACACAGUUUCAUAGAGCGCCGCCACAAUUCAGCAGAUGGAUGCUGUAUAUUUAGUGAUUUAGUGCAUUGCAUGUUUAGCGCAUAGACCAAUAAUAAUAGUGU